UGGACAUUUCCUAAACAAAGAGGCUAACUGUGACUCUACAGUUAGUUAUGGGCUAAAUAAAACGGUCGCCAUUGCCAGUAAGGCCACCGUUGACCAAGGAAUGCGCUUCGUCAUCACAACUUUGCUGGGGGUGAGGAGGAGAAGAAGGAGGUCGCGGAGGAAACAGGAGGAGGGGUGUUCUCAGCUGGGACUUUCCUCGCUGCUAAACACUUUAAUCACAGGGCACCAAGCCGGAGAUGUUCCCCGUUGCUGCCACCGCCACGGAGGAGGUAUGCGGGCCAGUGCGUGGUGGUGGGGCCGCGGUGGUUUCCCCCUCCGCUCGGGAAUUUUACUUCUUUUAGUCCCGCCGUUCCUCCUCGCGCUUCAGCUGCUCGUCGUCGGGCCACGGUUACCUCGAGCCGCACGGCUGGGGGUGGAGGAGCGGGAAGGCGGAGUGGCGUUUUCCGUUAUUAGCAUCGAACCGGUAAGGAAUUCGCGCCAACGGGGAUCCCCGUCUCGGCCAACGGGUCGGGAGGAAGAGGAGGAGCAGGAGGUGGAGGUGGAAGAUGGAGAAGGGUGGGAGGGGGCGCGAGCCUAUGAGGAUGAAAACGAGAUGCUCUCGCGCCAGGUGGGACCCAGAACAUUGGAGGUGCAGCCGUGGGUGAUGGAGAAGCCGUCCUUCCAAGAAGAACUCAGUCGGAUCAUGACAUAUAUCACAAGGCCACAGCUCAACUGCUCCAGGGUUCUGUCUCCUGGUCAGACUCAGGCAUCACAGCCUGCUGCUGCAGAUCCCACUCGCUGGCUGCUCUGUGCCGAGGACUGGCUCCUUCCAGCAGGAGAUUCUCCAUGUGUUGCUUACUCCUUUAGCAUGGAUGGAGGAGACGCUGACUUUCUGAAGACCGUGUCGGGGCUGGGAUGUGAAGUCCACAGUUUUGAUCCCAGCAACUCCGACGCAUCUGGCCGUCACCUUGGCAACAGUUUGGCAAGUAACCAUGGGGAUGGAGGCGGGGAAAGUCGGCACAAGAUGUGGCUGGAGUGGCGAGUGCCGAGGAAGCGCAAGCAGAAGACGAGAGGCAGCAUGGGUAGUGUUUCUCAAACACUGGCAGAUAUCAUGGCAGCCCUGGGACAUCACACAGUUCACUUCUUGUAUGCCGACCUGCUCAGCGCCGAGUGGAGAGUUUUCCAGAACUGGAUCGAGUCAGGAACUCUGCAAAGCGUCCACCAUCUGGUUGCCACAGUGCACCUGCAAUGGGCCGGGUUUGAGGUAGGCGGGACCGACGAGGAGGUGCUCCGCUAUUGGUUCAGCGUCCUGCAGGGUCUCCGAGCUUCUGGACUCAAGCUGAUCCACAGCUCUGCAGGAGAGGGUCACAGCGUCCUAAAACAGACUGUAGCAAAUGCUCACAGUUCCUACACGCUCAGCUGGGUCAACACAAGUCACUGAUGCUUAAACAUGUCUGGACAAAGAGGGGAGCAGACGCUCAGAACAGCCUCAAAUACAAGUAGAGGAUUAUACAACUGAGACUUGGCUGAAGUAAAGAGGAACUUUUUCCCUUG